CGCGCCCCGCCUCCGCAUCCGCGCGGGGGAGCCGGCGGCGGGGACUGAAUGGGCGCGAGCCUCGCGCCGGGGGCUGGUGGGGGCUCGGGGCCGGCGCUGGGCGGCUGGCCGGCGCCCCCUCCCUAGCAUGCGGACGGCGGCGUCUGGCGGCGCGGAGCGGCGAGCCCUGAAGCUGCGAACCGAGGCGGCGGCUGCGGCACCUGCCGGCCGAGCAAUACCAAAUGAAUAUAACUCUGUGAAACCGAGAAGGGAUUGCUCAAGACCCUCCGUACACUGGUACAUUCUAGUACAGAACAAGAUGAGAAGACCCAACUUGUUAAAACACAUCCUCAAAUGUACAUUGCUUGUGUUUGGAUUGUGGAUCCUUUAUAUCCUCAAACUAAACUAUGCCUCUGAAGAAUGUGACAUGAAGAGGAUACAUUAUGUAGACCCUGACCGUAUAAAGAGAGCUCAGAAGCAUGCUCAACACAUCUUGCAAAAGGAAUGUCGACCCAGAUUUGCAAAGAAGUCAAUGGCACGGUUGUUUGGGCGCAGGUAUAGCAUGGACUUACUGCCCUUCGUGAAGAAGGCCACCAAAGUAAAUGAAGCUGAAUACCAAUACAAUCCUCCUUUUGGAUUCCGGGAGUUCUCCAGUAAAGUCCAGACCCUCUUGGAAAUAAUGCCCGAGCACGACUUUCCUGAACACUUGAAAACGAAGAGUUGUAGGCGUUGCGUGGUUAUCGGAAACGGUGGAAUUCUCCAUGGACUAGAACUGGGCCAUGCCCUGAACCAGUUUGAUGUUGUGAUAAGGUUAAACAGUGCACCAGUUGAGGGCUAUUCAGAACAUGUUGGAAAUAAAACUACUAUAAGGAUGACUUAUCCAGAGGGCGCACCACUGUCUGACCUUGAAUAUUAUUCCACUGACUUGUUUGUAGCUGUUUUAUUUAAGACAGUUGACUUCAGCUGGCUUCAAGCAAUGGUAAAAAAUGAAACCCUGCCAUUUUGGAUGCGAAUCUUCUUUUGGAAGCAGGUGGCAUCAAAAAUCCCACUACAGCCAAAGCACUUCAGGAUUUUGAAUCCAGUUAUCAUCAAGGAGACAGCCUUUGACAUCCUUCAGUAUUCACAGCCUAAGUCAAGGUUCUGGGGUCGAGAUAAGAAUGUCCCCACCAUUGGUGUCAUUGCCAUCGUCUUAGCCACACAUCUGUGUGACGAAGUCAGCGUGGCGGGCUUUGGAUAUGACCUCAGCCAACCAAGAACACCUUUGCACUAUUUUGACAAUCUCUGCAUGGCUGCUAUGAACUUUCAGACCAUGCACAAUUUGACAACAGAGACCAGCUUCCUCUUGAGGCUGGUCAGAGAGGGCGUGGUGGAGGAUCUCAGCGGGGGUAUCCACGGUGGAUUUUGAACACAGAAAACCUCACUUGAAAAUGCACCGGACUCUGAGGGCUGUUUUUCAUAGCCUUCUUGAUGCAUUUCAUCCUGCAAAUACUUUAAAGUGCAGCUAGUGUUUUUAACUUUUAAUUUAAAAGGCAAAAGAAAACCCGUUUAGCUAUUCCCAUUUCCCCCCCUUAUUUAUUUGAGAUCAGUGUUUUUGCACAAAAAGUUUUGUAAGUUAAUCUUGAGAAAUGAAUUGGAAAUGCUUCUGAAAGAAAAUUGUACGUCUUGAUGUCUUACUGUAUUUUAAGAAAGUUAUUUAAUUUGUAAAGACUCUGUCCAUGUCUACUGUACAUAGAAUAUCAGGUAGUUAAGUGUAAGGAGAAGGAAGUCAGUCCCUUGAUGACAGUCCCGAGUGCCUGAUUCUGGUUCUCUGACUCUGUUUCAUGCUGGAGGCACUUCCAGGAUAACUGCUCAGUAGUUAAACCACUGGUACUGCUUUGGCUGCACUGCUGCAUGAGGCCUGAGUUGGAGAAGUUCAUGUUCCCACUCUGUGGCCUCUCUGCUUUCAGGAAGCAACCAGGGGAGCUAUCCUGAAGGUCCUGGUCACAGAGGGACAUAAAAGACAGUGCCUGUGACCUUGGAGUACUGUGAAGCCGCUCUGGGCUGCAGAAGCCAUUGUCUUUCUUACAGCUGUGACGACGCAUGAAUUCUUCAGUUUUUGACUUCUCUUCCAAAGUACUUAAAUGUUAAUCUAAGGUGUUCCACUGUCUGUCUAAAGUGGCUUAUAAAACUUCAGACAAAAACCUCUGUUAUCCAGAGCCCCUAUCCAAAAACAAUCAUGUUUCCUGAAAUACUGAAAUGAAAUCCUUCCAGUCUUAUAAAUUGCCUAUUUAUAAAAAAAAAUUUUGAAUGCCUCCCUGGCAGUGUGUACCAGUUCAUACGCUGGUCCUAAAAAAAAAAAUAAAUAAAUAAAUAAAUAAAUAAAAGGAGCUCUUACA